AUGUCAAAUAAAUUCGAAGAAGGAUUCAAUGCUGAGCAGCAAUUUGUGGUUGGAAAUGAAUUCGAUGUUCAGUUAUGUGUUGAGUUCAAUGGAGCGCUCGUUGCAAAGCUCAUUCGGAAGAGGGCAAUCGUGCAAAGUGCAAAACAUACACUUUCACUCAUCUGCAGAUACAUCCAAUGCCCCUUCCUGGACAGAAACUGCUCUACAACAGUUCGUGCACUAGGGCAUUGUUGUGACAUAUGCGGUGCGGUAAUGACAUUUGCUUCUAAUAAAUUCACCGUGAACGACAUCUCUGAAGUGGUUAGAGAUGUGGUAGAGGACAUAAAUCUCAACGGCCUCAUACAGUACUCUAUUGAACGCAUUGACACGGAAGAUGAUGACGAAGUUGUUCCACGCUAUCAGAUUGUUGGCUUUCCUAUGAAUUCAUACGACGAAACGGUUUUCGCCACAUUCACUUUGGCACUGCACUACAAAUUGACUAGUUUAAGAGAAAAUUUGAUGGAGUACUUUAGUGCCGAAUACAAAUGGAGCGAGCUUGAUCACUCUUAUUCCACAGGUAACGGCUAUUUCAUAUUAAAAGAAGACAAAAUGAGCCAAAAAACCAAGAAAGAUGUAGAGCAAACCAAAGCAGCAUCGGUCUGUGAGUGGACGUUCUACCUGUGUUCGGCUUUUAAAGGAUCUUCGUUUGUCGGGUGCCUUUAA